AUGAGUUCAUCUAGAAAGCUUAAUCUUGAUCCUUCUGGGGUAGAAGUGAGUCCAACUUUGUAUAGGAGCUUACUCUAUCUUACGGCAAGUAGAUCGGAUAUUGCUUUUAGUGUGGGAGUUUGUGCUCAGUAUCAAGUUGCUCCGAAGGAAUCUCAUCUGACAGUGGUGAAGCAAAUCAUAAGAUAUGUCAAUGGCACUCCAGAUUAUGGCUUGUGGUACUUAAAGGAUUCUAAUGCUUGCCUUGCAGGUUAUUUAGAUGCAGAUUGGGCUGGAAGUGUAGAUGACCAUAAAAGUACCUCAAGUGGCUGUUUUUAUCUUGGGAACAAUCUUGUCACUUGGAUGAGCAAGAAACAAAAUUAUGUGUCUCUCUUUACAGCAGAAGCAGAGUACAUAGCUACUGGGAGUUGCUGCACACAACUUCUCUGGAUGAAGAAGCUACUUCAUGACUACGAGAUUCCCUAA